CGACGCCUGCGCAGUGAGGCCGCGGGGCGGUCGUUGUGCCCACGCCGCCAACAGGCCGGCGAGCGCCAUGGCGGAGGAGGUGAGGCGGGAGGAGGAGACCGGCGUGGGGCGGGCCCCGAAACCCCGGGCGCUCCGAGACCCCCACCGGGCCGCCUGGGCCUCGCCGCGCCACUGCGGCCCGUAGGCGCCCAGGCCCGGCCGGAGCCCCCGCUCGUCCCCCGCGCCCCCGGCCCGGCCUCGCCGGCCUCCCCUUGGGCGCAACGCGGUGCCGGGGUCAGCGGUUCUCUCGGGUCUCGGGACAGGUGAGCACCCUGAUGAAGGCCACGGUUCUGAUGCGGCAGCCCGGGCGGGUGCAGGAGAUCGUGGGCGCCCUCCGCAAGGGCGGGGGAGACCGCUUACAGGUCAUUUCUGAUUUUGACAUGACCUUGAGCAGGUUUGCAUAUAAUGGAAAGCGAUGCCCUUCUUCUUACAAUAUUCUGGAUAACAGCAAGAUCAUCAGUGAGGAGUGCCGGAAAGAGCUCAAAGCGCUCUUCCACCACUAUUACCCAAUUGAGAUUGACCCACACCGGACCAUCAAAGAGAAGUUACCUGACAUGGUGGAAUGGUGGACCAAAGCGCAUGAGCUCCUGUGCCAGCAGAAGAUUCAGAAGUUUCAGAUAGCCCAGGUGGUGAGAGAGUCCAACGCAAUGCUUAGGGAUGGAUACAAGACGUUCUUCAACACCCUCUCCCAGAACAGCGUUCCCCUUUUCAUCUUCUCCGCGGGCGUUGGGGAUAUCCUGGAAGAAAUCAUGCGGCAGAGGAAAGUGUUCCACCCGAACAUCCACAUCGUCUCUAACUACAUGGAGUUUGAUGAAGAUGGCUUCCUAAAGGGAUUCAAGGGCCAGCUCAUACACACCUACAACAAGAACAGCUCCGUGUGCGAGAACUCUGGUUACUUCGAGCAGCUUCAGGGCAAAACCAACAUCCUCCUGCUGGGAGACUCCAUGGGGGACCUCACCAUGGCUGAUGGGGUUCCUGGCGUGGAGAACAUUCUCAAGGUUGGCUUCCUAAAUGACAAGGUGGAGGAGCAGCGGGAGCGCUACAUGGACUCGUAUGACAUCGUGCUGGAGAAGGAUGAGACGCUGGACGUGGUCAACGGGCUGCUGCAGCACAUCCUGCAGCAGAGGGACUGGACAGAGAUGCAGGGCUCCUGAGGGCGGGCCGGGGUCAGGCCCCGCGGGCUGUGAUGCGGACGGGCUUCACCGGAAGGCUACUCUGCUCUGAGCACUGCUCCUGCCUGUGCUGCAGAGAAGAGUCCGGGCGGCCGGGAGCUGCUGGCCCACGCCCCUCCCUCCCCCUUUCCCUGGCUUCGUGGUUUGUGUUCUGCAGAGCCUUGAGGGAGCCCUGCCAGCCCGGAGGGCAGCAAAAGCCAUUCCAGAUGAACUGUGGACCUACACAGUGUUAGCACUUUAGGAAUCAUUUGGUCCAGGGAAUCUUUUUUCCAGUAUUUUUUAACAUGGGAAGCUGCUCUUCAAACAAAUCUAAUAUGUGAAACAGAUCAAAAUAAAAAAAGGAAAACACA